GCUGCCGCCUCCCGCCGGCCGGUUCUCCGGCUGCGCCGCGCCGCAGACUCAAGUUGGGGAUCCUCGGCCGCCCGCCGCCGCCGCUGCCGCCCGCGCUCCCUGCCCGCCCCGAGCCCGGGCGCCGCCGCCAGCCGCCGACUUCUCACCCAGCCCGCUCGACUUGCUCCGGCGCGAGUGGAAAGCAGCGCCUCGCCGCCCAGAGGAUCGUCCCUAGCGUGGCUUUGCAUCCUUGGUCACUUUUUGAGGUUUUCCGGGGGGGCGCUCGGCUGCUUCCCGGCUUCCUGGGGGACUCGCCGCCGAGCGUGGGGGGCCUUGGAACGGGCGAGCCGGGAAAGCGCCCAGGCUCAGCGGAGGCUCGCACGGAAGCAAGAACUUAUUCAACAAGUUUACCCUUUGCUUUUCUCUUUUCGAUGUGCGUUUUCGGACAUGCGGAGGUUACUGGAACCGUGUUGGUGGAUUUUGUUCCUGAAAAUCACCAGUUCCGUGCUCCAUUAUGUCGUGUGCUUCCCGGCAUUGACUGAAGGCUAUGUUGGGGCCCUGCAGGACAGCAGACAUGGCAGCUCUGUGCAGAUCCGCAGGCGCAAAGCUUCUGGUGAUCCGUACUGGGCCUACUCAGGUACCUAUGGUCCUGAGCACUGGGUCACAUCUAGCGUCAGCUGCGGAGGCCGUCACCAGUCACCCAUAGACAUCGUAGACCAUCGUGCACGCGUUGGAGAAGAAUACCAAGAUCUGCAGCUGGAUGGCUUUGACAAUGAGUCUUCUAACAAAACCUGGAUGAAAAACACGGGGAAAACAGUUGCCAUCCUUCUGAAAGAUGACUAUUUCAUCAGUGGUGCUGGCCUGCCUGGCAGAUUCAAAGCAGAGAAGGUGGAAUUUCACUGGGGCCACAGCAAUGGCUCUGCGGGAUCGGAACAUAGCGUCAACGGCAGAAGGUUUCCUGUGGAGAUGCAGAUUUUCUUCUACAAUCCAGAUGACUUUGACAGCUUUCAAACUGCAAUUUCUGAGAACAGAAUAAUUGGAGCCAUGGCCAUAUUUUUUCAAGUCAGUCCAAGGGACAAUUCUGCACUGGAUCCUAUUAUCCACGGGUUGAAGGGCGUCGUCCAUCAUGAGAAGGAGACCUUCUUGGACCCUUUCGUCCUCCGGGACCUCCUGCCUGCAUCCCUGGGCAGCUACUACCGGUACACAGGUUCCCUGACCACCCCACCGUGUAGUGAAAUUGUGGAGUGGAUCGUCUUCCGGAAGCCCGUGCCCAUCUCUUAUCACCAGCUCGAGGCUUUUUAUUCCAUCUUCACCACGGAGCAGCAAGACCAUGUCAAGUCAGUGGAGUAUCUGAGAAAUAACUUUCGGCCACAGCAAGCUCUGAACGACAGGGUGGUGUCCAAGUCCGCUGUCCAUGAUGCCUGGAACCACGACAUGGCAGACUUCUUAGAAAACCCACUGGGGACAGAAGCCUCGAAAGUUUGCAGCUCUCCUCCCAUCCACAUGAAGGUGCAGCCCCUGAACCAGACUGCACUGCAGGUGUCCUGGAGCCAGCCAGAGACCAUCUACCACCCCCCUAUCAUGAACUACAUGAUCUCCUACAGCUGGACCAAGAACGAAGAUGAGAAGGAGAAGACAUUCACCAAGGACAGCGACAAAGAUUUGAAAGCCACCAUCAGCCAUGUCUCACCCGACAGCCUUUACCUGUUCCGAGUUCAGGCCGUGUGUCGCAAUGACAUGCGCAGUGACUUCAGCCAGACAAUGCUCUUCCAGGCUAACACCACCCGCAUAUUCCAAGGGACCAGAAUUGUGAAAACAGGAGUGCCCACAGCGUCUCCGGCCUCUUCAGCAGACAUGGCACCCAUCAGCUCAGGGUCAUCCACCUGGACAUCCUCUGGCAUCCCUUUCUCCUUUGUUUCCAUGGCAACAGGGAUGGGACCUUCCUCCAGUGGCAGCCAGGCCACGGUAGCCUCCGUGGUAACCAGCACGCUCCUGGCGGGCCUGGGGUUUGGGGGAGGUGGCAUCUCCUCCUUCCCCAGCACCGUGUGGCCCACACGCCUCCCCAUGGCCGCCUCAGCCACCAAACAGGCAGGGAGGCCCAUCCUGGCAACCACAGAGGCCUUGGUGUCCCCAGGGCCAGAUGGUGACACGGCUCCAACCAAGGACAGCGAGGGUGCCGAGGAAGGGGAUAAGGAUGAGAAGAGCGAGAGCGAGGAUGGCGAGCGAGAGCAUGAGGAGGAUGGGGAGAAGGACUCUGAGAAGAAGGAGAAGAGUGGGCUGAACCGUGCCACCACUGAGGAGGGUGACCACACCGCGCCCACCCCAGCCUCUGCAUCCCCCAAUAGGACUGCAGAGGAGGGCGGCAAUCAGACUACAUCUGGGGACAGGCAGGAGCUCACUGCCUCCCCCACAGACCAGGCAGACCCAGACUCGGACGUGGUCGCCUCCACUCAAGUGCCCCCCACUGCCACAGAAGAGCAGUAUGCAGGGAAUGAUGCCCGGAGGCCAGGUAUGCCCUCGAAGAAGCCUGUGUCCCGGGACCGAUUUUCCGAGGACAGCAGAUUCAUCACUGUUAACCCAGUAGAAAAGAACACUUCCGGAAUGAUAAGCCGUGUUUCUCCGGGGAGGAUGGACUGGAUCAUCCCUCUGAUUGUAGUCUCAGCCUUGACCUUCGUGUGCCUCAUCCUUCUUAUUGCCGUGCUAGUGUACUGGAGAGGGUGUAACAAAAUAAAGUCCAAGGGCUUUCCCAGACGUUUCCGUGAAGUGCCUUCUUCUGGGGUGAGAGGAGAGAAGGGGAGCAGAAAAUGUUUUCAGACAGCUCAUUUCUAUGUGGAAGAUAGCAAUUCACCUCGGGUGGUCCCCAAUGAAAGUAUUCCUAUCAUUCCUAUUCCGGAUGACAUGGAAGCCAUUCCUGUCAAACAGUUUGUUAAACACAUCGGUGAACUAUAUUCUAAUAACCAGCAUGGGUUCUCCGAGGACUUUGAGGAAGUCCAGCGCUGUACAGCUGAUAUGAACAUCACUGCAGAACAUUCCAAUCAUCCAGAUAACAAGCACAAAAACAGAUACAUCAACAUUUUAGCAUAUGAUCACAGUAGGGUGAAAUUAAGACCUUUACCAGGAAAAGACUCUAAGCACAGCGACUACAUUAAUGCAAACUAUGUUGAUGGUUACAACAGAGCAAAAGCCUACAUUGCCACCCAAGGACCUUUAAAGUCUACAUUUGAAGAUUUCUGGAGAAUGAUUUGGGAACAAAAUACUGGAAUCAUUAUCAUGAUUACAAACCUUGUGGAGAAAGGAAGACGAAAAUGUGAUCAAUAUUGGCCAACAGAAAAUAGUGAGGAAUAUGGAAAUAUUAUUGUCACACUGAAGAGCACAAAAGUACAUGCCUGCUAUACUGUUCGUCGUUUUUCAAUCAGGAAUACAAAAGUGAAGAAGGGCCAAAAGGGAAAUCCCAAGGGCCGUCAGAAUGAAAGAAUAGUGAUCCAGUACCACUACACACAGUGGCCUGACAUGGGAGUUCCUGAGUACGCCCUGCCGGUCCUGACCUUUGUAAGGAGAUCCUCAGCUGCCAGGACACCAGACAUGGGUCCUGUGUUAGUACACUGCAGUGCUGGUGUGGGCAGGACAGGCACUUACAUUGUAAUAGACAGCAUGCUACAACAGAUAAAAGAUAAAAGCACAGUUAAUGUCCUGGGAUUCCUGAAGCAUAUCAGGACACAGCGCAACUACCUCGUCCAGACAGAGGAGCAGUAUAUUUUCAUCCAUGAUGCCUUGUUGGAGGCCAUUCUUGGAAAUGAAACUGAAGUAUCUUCAAAUCAGCUGCAUAGCUAUGUUAACAGCAUCCUUAUACCUGGAGUAGGAGGAAAGACACGACUGGAAAAACAAUUCAAGCUCAUUACACAGUGUAAUGCAAAAUACGUGGAAUGCUUCAGUGCUCAGAAAGAAUGUAACAAAGAAAAGAACAGAAACUCUUCAGUUGUGCCAUCUGAGCGAGCUCGAGUGGGUCUUGCACCUUUGCCUGGAAUGAAAGGAACAGAUUACAUUAAUGCUUCUUAUAUCAUGGGAUAUUAUAGGAGCAAUGAAUUUAUUAUAACCCAGCAUCCUCUGCCACAUACUACGAAAGAUUUCUGGCGAAUGAUUUGGGAUCACAAUGCACAGAUCAUUGUCAUGCUGCCUGACAACCAGAGCUUGGCAGAAGAUGAGUUUGUCUACUGGCCAAGUCGAGAAGAACCCAUGAACUGUGAGGCUUUCACUGUCACCCUCAUCAGCAAAGACAGACUGUGCCUCUCUAAUGAAGAACAAAUCAUCAUCCAUGACUUUAUCCUUGAGGCAACACAGGAUGACUACGUCCUAGAAGUCCGGCACUUUCAGUGUCCCAAAUGGCCUAACCCAGAUGCUCCCAUAAGCAGUACCUUUGAACUGAUCAAUGUCAUCAAGGAAGAGGCCUUAACACGGGAUGGCCCCACCAUUGUUCAUGAUGAGUAUGGAGCAGUCUCAGCAGGAAUGUUAUGUGCCCUUACCACCCUGUCCCAGCAACUAGAGAAUGAAAAUGCGGUGGAUGUUUUCCAGGUUGCAAAGAUGAUCAAUCUUAUGAGACCGGGAGUAUUCACAGACAUUGAACAAUACCAGUUUGUCUAUAAAGCAAUGCUCAGCUUGGUCAGCACUAAAGAAAAUGGAAAUGGCCCCAUGGCAGUGGACAAAAAUGGUGCUGUUCUAAUUGCAGAUGAAUCAGAUCCUGCGGAGAGUAUGGAGUCUCUAGUGUGACUGGAUUUCUGAAAGCGCACUUCUUUGUAGACUUCUGAAGACUGAGAACUUUUUGAGGCCUUUUUUGCCAGACUCUAGGUUAUACGAUAACCCAGUUACUUUUUUACACUGAUAAAAGUUUUGAUAUUUAUUUUUUGCCAUUUUAUGUCUUAAUGGUAUCCUACCGAGCAUUUGCACCUCUGUUCAUUUCACAUGGUGAAAUACAAUUUUAUCUAGUUUGCACUAUAUGAUCAGUGUUACUGCCUAUAAUCUAAUUACUAAAGCAAAUCCCAAUGUGACAUUCCAUGACAACAUUCAUGCUACCUUUCAGUUCAGUACAGUAAAGGUCUUUGUUAUGAUAAUAAAAUCUUGAUUUUAUUACUAUUGCUAAAGCAGUUACAUUCUACUAGCAGGCAAUGUACUUUUCCUUAGUCCUCCCCUCCCAUUUUUAGGCACUGUUCAAUGCUGUAUGACUUCUGUACUUCUAAAGUGGAUGAGCAUUGUCUUCUUUUAUAGAAUAGCAGGCUAUUGGGAACUACUAAGAAGGUCUUUUACCAUCAUGGCCUUGAUACACUUCCAUUUAUAAUGGUUAAGAGAUCCAUUAGGAACUUAAGGCUUGAGUUGCUUCAUGUAAACAUCUCUUAUAGUUACAAAGUUAUAUUCACAGCUUUUAAAAUUGCAUCAAAAUAAAGGAUAACUCUGUAUUACAGCUUUCACAGUAGCUAUGUGGACAGUGUGUGUUAUUUACAUUUUAUUCUCUGAAAUAGCUAUCCCCUAAAACCAGGGCUAUCUUUUAUAAUAGAAAGAUGUGAAUAUUUUACAUAACUCAGUUAUAAAUCCAUUAGUUAAUCCCUGCUAGUACUUAAUCCUUGGUAGUACUUCUUGGUUUGUAACAUUAUGCCUCACAGAGAAUGAAGGAAGGAGAAUGAAGAUUUUUCUAGGUUUAUAUUCUUGAAACUAGUUCUCUAAAAGUUCCCCACUACUUAUAUAGCAACCUAAUAAAGUCUACCUAUAUAGUUUAUAUUCUUUUCUCUCCCUUUCGGCCAAAUAUUUCCUAAUGAAUCUCUUAAUUUCAUUCAUUGAUUCUUCUUAAAUUUAAACUCAAAAUACUGCAUUAGUGAAAGUCUUGGGACCAUUGAAACUCCAACGUGAACAAAUCUUGAUAAUGAGAGAAUUAAGAAAUUUAAAAAUUAAGUAAAAGGUGGUAUCUACAUUUUCAAGUAGUUUUUAAAAGGAGAUAGUUCUCAACACUUUUGUGUAGUUAAGCAUAAAGAACAGAUAAACCUUGGUGAAAGAGGCUCGUAAAUCAUCAGAGAGAGGCUCAGGCAGUUACUUGUAGAGGCAUUUGCUCUACAGUACAGAAUGGGACAAUUAGGAAAUAGGACUCAGAGUUUAUUAGCAAUACAACCUACUUGCCAAGAUAUUUUACUGCAAUUGCAUGUUUUCUUUUAUUGGGUAACCUCUGUUAUCACUGGAACAACCCCUAUAAAAAAAACAGGGUUUAGCCUGUGUUUAUGCCAAAAACACUUCAACAAAAAGGCUACAGUGGCUGCUGUCAUACUUUCUGUGUAGACAUGAAACCAGGAGUGACAGUAAGCACGGAGGGUUGGGUGGCUGCCAUGACAUUUGUCUGUGUGAUUCUGGAGGUCCAGAGUUACUAAGGAGAAAGGGACCCCAGGCGAAUGCACUAACAAGGUCUGCUGAGUUUCCAUGAACUAUGAAGGUUAUCCUCAUCUUUUCAUCACACAGAUUCAACUAUAUGAAACAGUCUGCUUUUCAUGAACUGUGUAGGCUAGGCUUAAGAAAAGCCAUUCAAGCAAGCAGGUUUGUCAAGCUACACAUGCCAGAUGACACAGACACCAUUUCAACCCAACAGCUCCUACCAGAAGUAAUGCUCUAUCUUGCACAAGAAAAGCUUGGUCAUAGGAGACCUGUAGCUGCUCAAGCUAAUAGGUAUCAGGAAAGGAAAGGCAAGAGCUAGGUUUUUUGUCAGUUAAGUAGACAUGUAGAUGCUGUGCACCUGAGAGAAAUCAACUAAUGCUUUUCCAUAGAUAGCACAGUGUCUUUGAGAUUCAGAAGUAAAAUUUUGAGUUGCAGCUCGUGUUUCAAGUGUUCCCUCGUGUGCUAUCUAUAGAGGGUUCAAUUCAUGGAAAUGCUUAUCCUCUGAAUCCUGUGACUGUCUCUUACACAAAUGUGUGAGUGAUGAGGAAGAAAGAAUGCUAGUAAAUAGGAUAAAACAUAAUAAAGGUCACUUAGAAGUUCUCUUUAAGAUUUUGGGUUUGAUCCAAAAUCUACAGAUCCUAAUCCACUGAGCAAUGAGCAGCUGCUAUUGGCCCAUCUUGCCAAAAUGAUCCAGACACCCUUCACAAAGGAGUGAUGUUGAGCAAUUGCUUGCUUUCACCACAGAGCAUAACCUUCUAUUAUUAUGCAUUGCCAGCAAAACAUAUGCUUGCAUCUUCCCAGAGGCAGAAUUCCAAAAAUGGUAUUUUCUUUGAGACAUAAAAACUCCAUAAUUUUCUAGUGAUGUCAUUAUCAUUUGCAUUCAUGGGGAAAGGAAGUAACUAUCUCAAGUCCACAUGUGCAGUUUUACAAAAUAAGGUGGCUGUAUGGAUUUAUCUCUAGGUAAGCAGAGUGCACACAUCAUACAAAUCUGAACUGCUGUGAUCAGGACAGGUGGUUAAGCUGAACAUCAAGGACAUCUUGUUGCCAUGAGAGUUCUUAUACCCCUUAGCCAUGAUGCCAUCUUUUAUAGUUAAACAGUUCAUUUCUCACAUUCAAGAAGAAUAAGAUGACUUGCUCUUCCUAAUUUUCACCCAGUGAAGCAUUUACAGUCCAUUUCAAGCAGAAAAGUCCAGUAAGGCCAAAGAAAAAUUAUAGUGUUCCAGGUAUGGCUGUUGGAGUUUUUAGCCCAGAGUGACACUGCAAUCAAUCAGGAACCUUAACUGUUUUAUAAUGACAGCACAAUUGCCUUCAUAUGACUUUUCUUAAAUGCACAUACACUAUAUUUAAAAUUAAAAUAUAUGCGCCAAUUUACCAAAGAUACAUAGUUCUAAUUCUAAGCAAAAAAAGAACAAGGAACCCAAACAUAAUUUAAGAGAAAAUAAUAAAAAUGUAGUUAUCUUAAGAAUUUAGUGGUUAUACUGGAAAAUGCACUUCAAUUCUAAAAUUUCUGUUCAGAUGGUGCCACUGGAUUUUUAUAUGAAAGGAAAAAUGCCUGCUUUUUUCUUUUCUUUUUUUUUUUUUUAGGAGCUAUAAUUUCAUUUAACCCUUUGUCCUUUUCCUUAGUUGCCAUUUAACAUAUAAUGUUGGCUUUACUUGUCUCUAGAAAGAAGGCAUGCUACAGAAAUAGGGAGGAAUUAUUAAAAAAAAAAUCUGGCCUCUAUUUGUCUUAGCUGUUAAAUUGUUUUUAGUAUUUUUUGUUAAGUUUUUGCAAAGAGGAGCAUUUUCUACAGAGGAUAAUUAAUUUCAAGAAAAAUAUCUUGAGUUUUAAGAAACAUCUCCAGAAAAGGAGACAGUCAAUUUUAUAAAAUGUCGCAACUCUCCAACAUUUGGGGUAGUGACUCCUUUUUGUUAGGACAUUUGAAACUAGCAAGCAGCCAUUGUUUCUAAAGAAUUCAGCUUUCAUGUUGAGUCACAUUUCUUUGACUUCAUUCUGAAACAGAUAAAAUCAUUAAAACUGUAAAUAUUUUGUUGCUUGGGUAAGCAUCUUCUGGGAACUUUGUAUCUAUGGUAUAUAAUCAUAGAAUUUUAUAUUUUCAUAUAAAGCUAAUUUUUUUCUAGUUUCAACUCCAUCAUAGUUUUCUUGGUUUUUUGUUUCCUUUUUUUUUUUUUUGCUUUUUGUGGUGGGUAUGUGAAUUCAACUUUCCGUGUACUGAAAUAGCAAGAACCAUCUUUGCAUUCUGAAAGAAUCGAACGUGUGUUAUUUCUUUGAGUCAGUGAUUGUGACAGUUGGGCUUUCUUUUUAAUUCCACUGACCAUUUGUGCAAUAGGAGUUAGGCAUAAUUAGUCACUGAAUACAUUUGUCACAUUGACCCCUUUGGAAAAAGUAAUUUUUUUUAUUUGUUGGGGAGGGAAGGGUUUUGUAACCUGAAAUUUUUCCCUUUUUUCUUUUGUUUAAAACUAUAUCGAAUCAUUCUAUUAUAGUGUUAUUUAAUAUGUAAAUUGUAUUGCUAUACAUAAAAUAAAGUAUGGUUUUUGAUGUA